AUGCACAUCCCAUACAGAGAAGACAAGAAAUUAAUUGGAACGGUCCGGUGCGCCUCCAUCAACGCCCAUCUUGGCGUCGAACAGGCCGGCGUGAUGACAUGGACGCACAUGCUCGUCUACUUCCUCCGAAGAGACUUGCCCUGGCAAGGAUUGCAGGCGCCGAAUAAACAGCGCAAGUACGAUCGAAUUAUGGAGAAGAAGAUGACCGCAUGCAGCGAAAUUCUCUGCCGGAAGCUCCCGCAAGAAUUCGCGAUCCUCCUCAGCUACUCGCGUUCGUUACGGUUCGAUGGCAAGCCCGACUACGCCUGGCUCCGCGAGCUCUUCCGCGACCUGUCUGUACUCCACAAGGGCUUUGCGUACGACUACAGCUUUGAUUGGUCGAUCCAGACCGGAAAAGCCCAGGCCGAGGGGGCACGGCUUUGCGAGGAAGAAAUGGCCGCCAAAGAGCGAAUCGACUCGCUCGCUCCUCCUGCCCCUAGUCCUGUGGCACCCCUCAACAAUGGCCGCGACGAGAACCUCCCCAGUAAUGCCGAACCUCCCGAAGGAGCCCUUCCAACAAAUACGGAUUCCUCCAACAGAGAAGGAUUCCGUCGUGAACUUGCCGAUGAUUACUAG